AUGGCAGCGGGGGCCUUCCAUGAGGACGGCGCGCAAUAUGGCGGCGCCCAUGGCGAGCGCGGGAGCGGGGCCGCGGCCGGGGCGGCGCUGAGCGCGGGGGCCGGAGCCGGUAGCGGGCGGCGGAGCUGGGACCGCCCGGGAAUGGCGGACAGGCCGGGACGGGCCAGGGCUGCCGGGGCCCGGAGCAGCUCGCCAGAUCCCAUCGGGGACGUGCUCGGGGAGCUCCUGGGAUCCGAUGAGGAGGCCCCGGCUCCGCCCUCCCGAGGUUCCCACGCCCCCUUCCUGCAGGUGAGCCCAGGUGAGGGCAGGAGCUGCUCCCCCCACCCCGGAGCUGGAUCCCAUGGAUCACCAGAUCCCAUGGAUCACCAGGAUCCAGUUGAUCCCAUGGAUCACCAUGACCCAACGGAUCAGCUGGACGAGCUGGACGAGCUGGAUGCAGAAAUCCUGGGAAUGGCCAGAGCCGGGUCCAGGCCUGGGAACCACGGCGGGAAGGGGCCGGGUCCCCAAAAAGCCCCGCCCCCCCGUCCCGAUGUCACCUUUGGGGACGACGUCGAUGACCUGAUGGACUCCCUGGGACUCGGCAGCGGCGCCGACGGAGCCGGGAGCGCGCCGGGAACGCCGGGGGGCCAGGGGCUCCGGAAGGGCCGCGCCGGGAGCCAGGAGCAGCCGGGAAAGGCGGAAUUCCAGCCAGACCCCAAGGAGCGGGAGCAGCCAGGGCCGGGCGGGGCCCAGGUGGAGCCGGGAUUUCCCUUCGGAUCCUACGAGCCCUCGGUGGCCUCGGGGACCGGGCGGAGACGGAGGUGUCCGGUUGGGAGCAGCUCCCGACGUCCCUCCGGGGCCGCCUGGCUGGGGCUGAAGGACGAGGAUUUCCUGGGACUGGGGGACGAGGAUUUCCCGGGAUUGGGACAGAAGGACAAGGAUUUCCUGGAGCUGGGAUCGAAGGACAAGGAUUUCCUGGAGCUGGGAUCAAAGGACAAGGAUUUCCUGGAGCUGGGAUCAAAGGACAAGGAUUUCCUGGAGCUGGGACAGAAGGACAAGGAUUUCCUGGAGCUGGGAUCAAAGGACAAGGAUUUCCCGGGAUUGGGACAGAAGAACAAGGAUCCCACAGGAUUGGGAUCGAAGGACAAGGAUUUCCUGGGAUUGGGAUCAAAGGAGAAGGAUUUCCUGGGUUUAGGACAGAAGAACAAGGAUUUCCUGGGAUUUGGAUCAAAGGAGAAGGAUUUCCCAGGAUUGGGACAGAAGGACAAGGAUCCCCUGGGAUUGAGACAAAAGGACAAGGAUUUCCUGGAGUUGGGAUCGAAGGACAAGGAUUUCUCGGGAUUAGGACAGAAGAACAAGGAUUUCAUAGGAUUGGGAUCGAAGGAAAAGGAUCCCCCAGGAUUGGGACAGAAGGCCGAGGGUCCCCCGGGAUCAGGACAGGACAAGGAUUUCCCAGGGCUGGGACAGAAGGACAAGGAUUUCCUUGGAUUGGGAUGGAAGGACGAGGAUCCCCCGGGCCCCGGUGUCCCGGGAUCCCCGCUGCGGCACCGGCGCUGCCCUGGCGCUGCCCUGGCCCCGGAGCCAGCCCGGGCGGAGCCUCCGGAGCCAAAUUCCCACCCCCGGAGGGGCCCGGGGCCCCCCGAGCCCGGCAGGCUGGAGCUCCCCCUCGGGACACGGCCCUACGGGCAGGGGGCAGCAGCUGUGCAGGAGGCGCCGGGUCCUGCCACGCCCGCUCAGGAGGAUCCGGCGGCUCCUCCAGCCCCGUCCCGCCCGGAGAAUCCCCGAGCGCUCCCGUCCUGGCUCUGCCCAGAGCAUCCCGCAGCUUUCCCGGCCCGGAGGUGCCAGGAGGGUCCUGGAGCUCUCCCAUCCCAACAGCGCCAGGAGGAUCCGGGAUCUCUCCCAUCCCAACAGCGCCAGGAGGGUCCUGGAGCUCUCCCAUCCCGGCCCCACCAGGAGGAUCUGGGAUCUCUCCCAUCCUGGCCCCACCAGGAGGAUCUGGGAUCUCUCCCAUCCCGGCCCCACCAGGAGGAUCUGGGAUCUCUCCCAUCCCGGCCCCACCAGGAGGAUCUGGGAUCUCUCCCAUCCCGGCCCCACCAGGAUUCCCAAACUCUCCAAUCCCACCUGUGCCAGCAGCACCCCGGCUGUGGGAUCGCCCUGCGCAGCCUCCAGGCCCGGCUGGAGGAGCUGGAGAGCCAGGUGCGGGCGCUGGAGCUGGAGCGGGCACGGCGGGGACCGGGGCUGCAGGAGCUCCCGGAGAGCUGCCACAGAACCCAGGAUCACCCUGGAUCCCUGGAUCACCCCAGAACCCAGGAUCACCCGGGAUCCCUGGAUCACCCCAGACCCCAGGACCACUGCAGAUCCCAGGAGCAGGAUGAGCAGCUCACAGCGCUCCAGGCCAGGCUGUGCCGGCAGCAGCGGGACGCGGAGCGGGAGCAGAGCCGGCUCCAGGAGGCCGUGGCUGACUUGGAGACCAGGCUGGGGGAGCGGGAGCAGCUCCUGGAGCAGGAGCGCCGCCGCGCCGCUGCCGAGCGCUGCCGGGCGGAUUCGCUGCGGGAGGCGCUGGAGGAGCAGCGGCGGCUCUCGGCACAGCUGCUGGCCAUGGAGAGGGCGGCGCUGGACGAGGCCAAGGGCGCGUGGCUGGAGGAGCAGCAGGCGGAGCUGCGGGAGCGCUCCGAGGAGCGGCGGCGGCUGGCGGCCGCCUGGGCCGAGUUCCACUCGCGGGAGCGGCUGAGCCGGGAGCGGGAGGAGCAGGACAAGGAGCGCACCCUGGGCAUGGACUCGGCGCUGAGGAGCCUGGCCAAGGAUCAGGCAGAGCUGAAGUUCCGGAGCCGGGAGCUGAGAUCCAAGGAGGAGCAGCUGGCCAGGGACAGGGAGGAGCUGGACGAGGCCUGGCGGGAGCUGAGGCUGCAGAAGGAGAAGGUUCUGCGGGCCGAGCAGCGCCUGCAGGAGCGGGAGGAGGAGAUCCGGGACCUGGCUGAGCGCUCGGCGCGGCAGCAGCAGGACGGGCAGCGGGCGCUGCGGGAGGCGCGCGGGGCGCAGCAGGAGCAGCAGCGGCGGCUGCAGGAGCUGCAGGAGCAGCGGGAGCGGCUGCGGCAGCAGGAGCAGCGCCUGACACAGGGCCGGCGGAGCCUGGAGCGGCAGCGGGAGCAGCUCCGGGAGCUGCAGGAGGAGCUGGGCCCCGGCCUGGGGACAGCGCUGGGGACAGGGACACUGCCGGGGAUGGGGACACUGCCGGGGACAGCGCUGGGGACACCACUGGCCGCUCCGGUGGCUCCCGGGCUGCUGCCGGCCCUGGGGACACUCGUGGGGGACAGCGGGGACAGCGCGGCCGCGCUCUACGGCCACGUGCUGCUGCUGAAACACCGCGCCAGGAUGGACCACGAUUUCCUGGAGAGCGAGCGGCUCUUCCUGGAGAACCUGAAAAAAGGGCCCUGAACCGUCUGCAAGGGGAAUGGAGCUUGGGGAAAUGAAAACUAAAAUUUAAAUUUAAAUUUAAAAAAUUCCCUGCUGAAACCCCCCCUGUUUGCAAAGAGAAAGAUUCAUUUAUUUUUCAAAUAAAAAUAAAUUCCCUGCUGAGAACUGUCCCUUGUUUGCAAACAAAAAAUGGAUAAAAAUAAAUAAAAAUAAAAAUAAAAGUAAAAAUAAAAAUAAAAGUAAGUCCACU